AUGAGCGUCAGCUUUGUGCUUCUCCUGGCACUUUCUGCUGUGGGUGGCACAACCACAAAAUACUACACCUACGAGGAGGAUGCCGUUGGCACUUUUAUUGGGAAUUUAUCUGAAGACUUGAAAAUCGACCCAGCCGAGGAUCCCGACACAAGUUUCCGCUUCAUGCAAGAGACAAACUCCACUUUGAUCCACAUGAGAGCGACUGACGGGCUUUUGACUGUAGGAGAUCGCAUCGACCGGGAAAGCCUCUGCCAGCGCUCCCCCCGGUGUCUUAUCACUUUCGACGUGGUGGUUUUCUUCAAAGAGAAAUUUCUUUUGAUCCACGUGGAAAUCCACGUCAAAGACAUAAACGACAACUCCCCUGAAUUUCAGAGGAACACAACGGACAUGGAAAUAUCUGAAAACGUGCCAGUAGGCACACGGUUUCCACUGGACGCAGCGGUCGACCUAGACGUCGGUAACAAUUACAUUCAAACUUACCAACUUCUUCUCAACAACCACUUUGGCAUCGAGGUGCGGCAUACGGAGGAUGGGGCAAAGUUCCCCGAGCUGAUUCUGCUUAAAGCGCUCGAUAGAGAAGUCGAAGAAAAUUACACUCUUAAAGUAAGUGCCACUGAUGGUGGCAGUCCGCCCAAAUCUGGGUCAAUGACCGUAAAUGUUAAAGUUAUGGACUAUAAUGACAACAGCCCUAUUUUCGAGCACGAUACUCUCAAAGUUGAAUUCCCAGAGGACGCACCGGCCGGAUUUCUUCUCCUUAAAGUGCACGCUUCUGAUCCUGAUCAGGGGCCCAAUGGGGAGGUGCGCUACGACUUUGCGGAGGGGUGUCAAGAAGAGUCCAAAGGCACAUUUCAAAUCGACCCAAUUACUGGCGCAGUGACCCUGAAGUCGCUGGUAGAUUUCGAGACGAAGAGAUCAUAUGAGCUGAAUAUUCAGGCUUAUGACAUGGGUCUUAAUUCUAUUCCGUCGACCUGCAAAGUCAUGAUUGAAGUCGUGGACGUGAAUGACAACCCACCUGAGAUCAACAUUAAACCGAUGACGUCGAUGAGUGACGGAGUUGCGUACAUAACCGAGGCUGCUGCCGUGGAGAGUUUCGUGGCUUUGAUCAGCACCUCGGACAGGGACUCGGGCGAAAACGGCUACGUGCGGGUGAGUUUGAAUGGACACGAACACUUCAAACUCCAACAGGCCUAUGGCAAUUCUCUUAUGGUUGUCACCACGGCCACGCUGGACAGAGAAAAGAUCCCAGAAUACAACCUGACAUUCGAGGCCGAGGACACGGGCUCUCCACCUUUCAAAACUUUGAAGCAGUACACCGUCAGGGUAAGAGAUGAAAACGACAAUUCGCCCACAUUCAGUAAAUCAGUAUACGAAAUAUCAGUGAUGGAAAACAAAGCACCGGGCACUUACAUUGCCACAGUGGUAGCCCGUGACCCCGAUGCCGGGGAGAACGGAAAAGUGACUUACAAACUCAUAGACGGCGAGUCACCAGGGGGGGCGCCACUGUCCUCCUUCGUUUCGGUAGAUCCCCUCUCAGGGUCUCUCCACACCGUCAGCGCUUUUAAUUACGAGUCUGUUCAGCAGUUUGACGUGCCAAUUGAAGCCACAGAUGGCGGCUCACCUCAAAUGUCCAGCACGGCUGUGGUCAGAAUCAAAGUUCUGGACCAAAACGACAACGCCCCUUUCAUCAUCUACCCGGUUCUUCUGAACGACUCUGCCAAUGUGCCCAUUCCUUACAAUGCUCCAGCAGGCUACCUCGCCUUGAGGAUCAAGGCCCGGGAUCCCGAUGAAGGCAUGAACGGUGAGCUCACCUACAGACUGGCGGAGGACAAACAGCAUGUCUUCUCAGUCAGCAAACUCAGUGGAGAACUGGUGCUCAAGUACGGCCUAUCAUUCGCUCUAGGAGAAGUCCUGGAGGUGAAGAUUGUUGUCACAGACAGCGGCAGGUCACCACUGUCCUGCAUCGCCACCGUCCGCUUUGUGGUCACAGACAUGGCCAUCAACGAGGAGCCCAUCCUGGUCCUCUUGCAGUCCCAUGAGGACUCUGCGGAGGAACCUGAGGUCAUGGACGCCUCUCUGGUCAUCAUCAUCUUGCUUGCCGUUGGCUGCGCCCUCCUGCUUGUGGCCAUCAUGACUGUGGCCCUCUCACGGAGGUGCUGCCAGCGAGACAGGCCUCUGGACCCGAAGAAAGGCUUUAGCGGAGGCCUCAUCAGAAGGAUGCCCCUCCCCGGCCACAGUAUCGACUCAGGGGAAUCCGACACCUACAUGUCCACCCAGAGCUCCACCGUCAAUGAACAACUUUCCUCUGUCUCCACACAAGAUGACUCCUAUGAUGAACAAAGCACAGACUCCAACAAUAAGGUGUUCAGACCUCUCCUCAGCAAGAGCCAUUUUGAAUCUGUGGCAGUUUGGCAGGGUGACAGAUUCACAUCACAAAUAAGUGGCACAGGCUCCACUGAUCAGACGAGCGUGAAGGACAGUGGGAAAGGAGACAGCGACUUCAACGAUAGCGACUCCGACAUGAGCGGAGAAGCUGCCCGCAAAGCGCCGUGCAAUAUUCAGCCACAGGCAAACAGCUCAUUCUACACCGGACCAGUGGAUCGAUUCGGUCAGCUCUAUGAAAUCCCCACCUACUCCUCCAGCAGUCAUAUGACUAAUGGUGGUUACACCAUAGCGUUCUCCCGUGCCUCAGCCUAUGGCCCGAUGCAUGCAGCAGACCCCCAGGUCCCCGUCUGGAGAGAGUAUGGAUACCAUACACGCCUCCCCAAGGUGGCUGCCCACCACCACGGCCAGCGCCCAGCUCCCCUCUGCCACAGGACGGGCACCCUGCCCACCCAUUUCAACAACCAUCAGUACGACUUCGGGGCCCAGCUGGAGCAGCAGGAGUUUCACUAUGCCCCAAAUGAACUCCCAGAGCUGGCUAUUCAGCCACAGACCUCCUUUUUAGGGGCAGAACAGGCUCUGCCACAGACCUCCUUCUGAUGGGACCGGACGGGAGGAUGAUGAUGGCUUGAGAUGACCUGAGAAACAGAAUGAAUCCUUUUGUAUACAUUUCACAGAAGUUUUUUUCUUUUUUUUUAUGAAUUCAUUCAAAAUGUUCUCAUUUCCAAUCUCCGCAGUGGCCAGAGGGGUGAAUAUAUAUGUGUGCUUGC